GAGGGAUAUACGUGAACACGCAGAAGAAUGUCUUGUUUGAGGUGUCGCCGAAGACGCGGUUGCCGAGGACGUUUAAGCGGUUUUGCGGACUCGUGGCGCAGUUGUUGCAAAAAUUGAGCGUGCGCUCGAGCAACGGACCGGAGAAGUUGAUGCGGGUGGUGAAGCAGCCGGUGACGCGAUACUUUCCGGCGGGAGCGAGGCGGGUUGGGUUCUCGUUCAGCGCGCCCGAGGUGAAGCGGUUGCCGGAGUACGUGCGGGCGCUGCCGGAGGACGCGACGGUGGUGUUCACCGUGGGCGCGAUGGCGCACGGAAAGGUGGACGUGGCGUACACGGAUGAUUUUAUCUCCGUGUCAAAGUAUCCACUGAGCGCGGCGUGUUGUUUGGGGAGAAUAUGUAACGCGUUGGAGCUCAAGCACGACAUCGUGUGA